GUGAAAACCAGAAGAAACAGGGCUUGUGUCUCCCACUUUACUGUGGGACCUUAAAAGCCAUUCUCCUGGUACUCUCUCUGUUUCACUUUCAUUUCCCCAGGCACGCUUCAUCUUCAGAAAUAAACUGGACAGGCAGCCAGAAAACACAGUGGUUGGUUUCCGUUUAAGACGAGGGACGACACUGCACUCCAUCAGCAAAGAAGCUGUCAGAGUCAGCUCUUCCCGGGAGAAGGCAUUGGCCACACCACGAUGGGCUCCCUCAGUGCAGCAAAUGCCAAGUUCUGCCUGGACUUCUUCAAAGAGCUGAGAAAAGUGAAAAUAAAUGAAAAUAUCUUCUUCUCCCCACUGAGCAUCUCAGCUGCCCUGAGCAUGGUCCAGCUGGGUGCCAGAGGCAACACAGCUGAAGAGAUGGAAAAGGUGCUUCAUAUUCAUGAGUUGUUGAACAUGACAAGUUUAGGAACCAAGAGCACCCCUGAAAAGUAUGGAGAAGCCGGAGGAGCCCCUUCUCAGUUCCAGGAGCUUCUGGUUGCCCUUGGCAAAGCUGGUGCUACAUGUUCCCUCAGCAUUGCCAAUAGACUCUUUGGAGAAGAGACUUUUCAGUUCCUUCAGCAAUACUUAGACUCCGCAAGGGAUUUGUACCACGCAGAGCUGGAAGCAGUGGACUUCAUUAAUGCUGCUGAAGAGUCCAGAGGGAAGAUGAAUUCUUGGGUGGAAAAGCAAACUGGUGGGAAAAUUAAAGAUCUGUUCCCUCCUGGCUCUAUUGAUAGCACAACAGUGCUAGCUCUGGUCAACGCUAUACACUUCAAAGGGCAAUGGGCUAUAAAAUUUGAGGACAAAAACACCAGGAAAAUGCCUUUCAGACUGAACAAGAGAGAGCACAGGAAUGUACCAAUGAUGUGUCGGACAGGAAAAUAUAAAUUAGCCAGGAGACAAGAAGACCAUGUGACAGUGCUGGAGCUCCCGUACAAUGGAGAAGAGCUCAGCAUGUUCAUUCUUCUGCCAGAAAACAUCUGUGAUGAGUCUACUGGCCUUGAACAGCUAGAGAGUGCUAUCACCUAUGAGAAAUUAGCAGAAUGGACCAACAUGGAGAAUGUGUAUCUGCAAGAAAUUACAGUAUACUUGCCCCGGUUCAGAAUGAAGGAGAGCUAUGAGCUCACAGCAGUACUGAAGGCUCUGGGGAUGAGGGAUGCCUUCAUCCUUGAACAAGCUGAUUUCUCUGGGAUUUCAACAGAGCCUGGGCUGUUCCUCUCCAGGGUCAUUCACAAGUCCUUUGUGGAAAUUAACGAAGAAGGCACUGAGGCAGCUGCUGCUACAGGGAUGAUUGUGUUUGCGUCGUCCUUCCACAUUCCUUAUGAGUUCAGAACUGACCACCCAUUCCUCUUCUUAAUCAAACACAAUCCAAGCAAGAACAUUCUAUUUUUUGGCCGAUGUUGUUCCCCCUAAGGCUAGAGUAGGUUCUACUUCUUGUUUUCCCAAAGAGAGCACAAUACUGUGGUAGAAAGGAGUAAGGCAUAAACAACAUGUUGCAAGUAUCACUGGCAUUUCCUGAUAUCCAUAAUCUUGAUCCCAAGAAAAAACAUGAAGCUGCUUUGGCAAGACUACUGGCAAAAAUUAUAAUGGGUCUUUCCUGUUUAGAACUCUUUCCCAAAUGAGAGGACAACUCUAAUGGAGCUUACUUCAUUUUUAUUUCAUUCUUAACCAUAAAAACUCUCAUUGGAGUUGGGUUGUCUAAACAGUUGGGUGAAGUGCUGUAUAUAUAAGAAGUCCAGAAUGAUGCUUCCCCUCUUUAGCUGUAUGGCAAGGCUAGUGGUGAGGCCAGCCUUCAGAAGCUGUUGCAGACCUUCCUCCCCAGCUGCCAGGUCCCAAGCCAGAGAUAGCUCGGUCCUGAACUCCCCACUUUCCUCCCACAUAUCUCCAGCACCCCCAACUCCAGCAUCUUAACACAACCAUGAGGGGAGGAUCUUGGCUGCCACGACGGUAGUGAAACCCACAGGUCAUGUUCAUCUCCUGAAGCUCCACACAGAUAUUGGGCAUGGAGAUAUAUAGCUGCAUUUGUCCCUCACUCUUCUCAUCAGGUACUCUCUCCAGCCCUUUCCUUUGGGAAGGACCUCUGAAGUGACAAGAGCCCUUCCCACAGGGAUAGAGACACAAAAGCUAUCCCUGGGCAGAGGUAAGCUGGUCUUCCUGUUCAGCACAGGGGAUAGAAGUCCUCCUCUGGUGGGCUCUGGGGGGUUAUGGUCUUUGCCUGACUGUGAUCCAGCAGCAAGCUUUUGCAGUGUGAUGCAGCAACUCCUGAGGGAGUGCAGGCUCAUCAGUGUUGUGCCGUAAGGGGUCCCUAAGGUGCGCUAAGGUCACCAGAGCAGUCCCAUUUCUCUGCUGUGCAAAUCUAAGCCACAAACACCUUCACAAUGAUGCUAGCCAUCUGUCUGAUAAAGCCUGGGCAGGUUUCAGGGGGAACCCAAAAGCCCUGCAGUGACAUGUUGUCUGACCACAAAAAGUGGACUGCACCUCCUUUGUCCUCAGCUGUGCCAUGCUGGUGUGUUGUUUCUGGCAAAAGCUGAAUAUUGAUUUCUUCCCAUUUUUCUCUCCUGCUGCAAGCAGCAUAUGUAGACACAUGGUCUGGCACAUUGCAUGCCAUGAGUGUAUGUGAUUUUCCAAAGCUUAGUACAUUUACAACAAUGAACUAUAACUUAGAAGUAAAUUUAACUAUAGUAAUCCUGUUAAACUGUAGUAGUUUCCUGAACCAUAUAGUGUGGCAGCAAUAAAGGUAU